UACAUGCGCGUCUGCGUGCGCGUGUAAGCACCCCACGGCCUGCGUUACGGGCCUACUGCUGCAGUAGACGGCUUCGCUCGCAAGCAAGCCGUCAUAGCGGGCGGACAGACGGCCAGUGUGUGGCCUGAUUAAUCAAUCAUUCACGCUGGUGUGAAACGCCACGUUCUGCCUCCCCCGACAAGGCGUGUGCCGUUACCGCGCGUCUCCUAAUAUAGAAACUUGUGUGAAGAGACGGCGAGAGGUGAUUGCAGUUCAUCAGCGCACGUCUAAGCAGUCGGAGUGUCUCGCGAGGUUUUUUCUCGGUCACCGUGAGGCCGUGCAACACAGAGCGAGUGCACUGCCGAAUGCAUGCGAACAGAACCGACCUAGUCGCACUGUCCCACAAGAACAUUCGGUGUUAUCAACGUUUACACAGCGUGUCAUAGCUCUGUGCCGCGGGGAGCAUGGCAGAUGCGCACAAGACAAAGGUUGAAGACAAAGGCCGUGUAACAUGCACUUGAGACAAGCAGGAUUGCAGUCGAGUGUGCGCAAACAGAGCUGCGGAAAGGGUUUCAUUCGGUCCCACCGUCGAGAAAAGAUUCUGCCGUGAACAGCCAAGUGUUGCGAACAUCUGCUGAUCUUUACAUCUACACAGCGUCGUGAACGUCUGUCAUUAGCAUCUAUACACCGUUGUGAACGUCUGUGUCAUUCACAUCUAUACAGCGCUGCAAACUUCGGAAGAACUUCUUUUUUUUAUGUACACAUCACAUUUAAAUAUGUUCACGUGAAAGUAACAAUAUCGAAAAUAUGGGUAAACAAUAAGAAAAAUUGCUACAUAAAAUAUAGAUGGCGACGGAUGCGCGCUCGGACGUUGGCGGCGUUGUGAUGUGGACGCUGGCGAGCGUCUACGUUCUCAUCGCCGUGCUCAUCAUCAUCACGAACAUCUGCACGAUCGGCGCCGUCGUCGUCUGCCGCAGGCUGCAUCAGCCCGUCAACUACUACAUCGCGUCGAUCUCCGCCGCAAACUUCCUCAUGGUGUUCGCCGUCGUGCCCGUCGUCACGAUCAUGGUGCGCGGCGCGGCGGUGUACGUCGCGAACGCGCCGCUGCUGUGUGACAUGCGCGUCGUGCAUCAGCUCGCCGGCGACCUCGUCAUGGUGCACAGCGUCUACAUGAUGGUCGUCAUCGCCGUCGACCGCUACGACGCCGUGCUGCAUCCGGAGAAGCCGGCGUUCACGGCGGCGCGCUGCGCGCUCGUCGUCGCGGCGACGUGGGCCGUCGCGAUGCUGUACGCGCUGCCGACGCUCGCGCUCAUGACGGCGCGCAAGCACGAUGAGUACCGCAGCAAUGCGACCAUCUCCUACUGCUACCUGACGGCGGGUGAACUCGCCGCAAAGUACUAUACGGAUCUCGCGAUCGGAUACGUGAUCCCGCUCGCGCUCACCGCCGUGCUGUACGGUAGGAUCGUCUGCCAGCUGCGCGCUCAGCGGAGGCGCACGCCGCGCGGCACCGCCGAGGUCUGCUGGAAGAAGCGCAGCAUCAAGAUGGCUGUCGCCAUCUUGGCGCUGUUUGCGACCUGCUGGCUGCCGAUUCACGUCAUCCUGCUUACGUCGCUCGCGCGCGAUGUGCGCCCCGAGCUGCUGCUCGCUGUGCGCCACCUGGCGACGAUACUCGUCUUCUGCAACAGCUGGAUCUACGUGGUGAUCUACGCGUACUACAACGCCGACUUCCGACUGGCCGUGACGUCGUUGGUGUUUGGAGACUGGCGGCGGUGCUGCCGCAGACAGGAGUCGCGGGCGGGGAGUGCCAGCAACUUGAACAACCUGAGUGUUGUUGCGAGUGCGCAACGACUCAGCAAUAUGGAUCUCGCUAGUUAACGUAUGGCUUUUUCAAGUGUUAUUUAUUGAUGUUCUGUACACCUAGGUCGAUUUUAUUUAUAAGUAUUGUAUUUAUUUUUUUGUUGAUGUUAUUUUCCUGUACAUGAACAUAAGUGUACCCCCAGUCAUAUAUAAAUAACUCGCAUAAAGAAAAAAACAGCCAGAAAUAGGGUGUUCAUAUGAGAUUAGUUGUAAUCUAUUUGUAUUUGUUGUUGUUUUUUGCUUUCUUUUUAAAUAUUAACAAAUACUAUUUUGCUGUCAUUGUUUUGUAUAACAAGGGUAUUUACUAUAAUAUAAUAAGUAGCAUAGUAAUGGGCUGAGACAGUGGUUUCUAAGGGUUUUGACAUGACUCCAUCGCUAAUUUUCCUAUAUAUAUAUUUUUAUAUAUAUAAUGUAUACGUAUAUGCUAUUACUUAGCUGUAGUGGCAAGUAGGUCCUAACUGUGAAAGCUUCCAGAAGUCAGUUUUGUUUUACUGACAAACUAGUUCGUGUUAUUACCAAAUAGCUAAACAAUGUGUUACUGUACCUGCAACCAGCUAGUGUCAAAGUUUCACGUGACAGUAUACAGCACUGCCUUUUGUAGGGUACCGGUAGAUACAAUAAUGUAACCCAACACGGCAACACAAGAAUAAGGGAACUUGUGUUGGGUUAAAUUAUUGUGUCCAGUGGUGUGCUCAUCUCACCUAGAGAUUGAAUAUAAGAAUAUUUUAGAAGAUAUGUGCUGUUUUUGCCGAAAGCAUUGAUGUUGAACGUGGGAUGUGUUAUAUGCGAGUUCCUGUAAACUGUUUUAUUAUAGGAAGGCAUGCGACAUGAUACCAAAGCCUAUCAAUUGUCGGUACUUACAUAUAUUCAUAUUGCCUUUCUGAUUUUGUUCCUUUGUGAAACUUUUCAUUUAUAUUAUGCCUUCAGAAGAAAGAUAUUGAGGCUUUUAAUUGUCAUAAUUUAUUUAUUUAUAUUAAUUAAUGAGAUGUGGAUCAUUUGUUGUAUUGUUAUUUCUUCAAAAACUUGUUAUUCCUUUGGCAAAUAAAAUGUUAUUUUCAUACAAUA